AAUUUAGCUACUGUAGCCUGCAACAAACUGCUGCAGCCGGCAGAGAACAACAGCUACAAAACACGAAACACAAAACCAACACAGACAACGGAAAGACAAGACGAGACAAGCAACCACCACCAUGUCCGAGUAUGCUCCUCAAUCGUCUCUUUCGUCGUUGAAACGAGCCCGCAUCUUGUUUGACCGUUCGCCUGCAGAUGCGUUCUUGGCGACCGAUGUGAUUGUCCAAGACGACGUGUAUUUGGCAUCGAUGGAACGACGCAAACGCUACCUGUUGGGCAGUGCCGCGGGCAAGGGAGCGGAAGGCAAAAAGAGCAGCACCAAAAAGAAGAGCAAGACCAGUUCGGCGUUGGUGGCUGUUGCAACUGUGGAUGAUGAUGAUGCUGAUGAUGAUGCCAACGUCAAGACGAGGAGUGAAUCCGGUGCCUUGAUCACGUACGAUUCCAUUUCCAAACAAGACGACGACAAUGAAGCCCAAAAUGAAAAUCGAAUUUUGGUGAAACGAGACAACACUUCCGGUGGUAUCAAGGUUCCCACUCCUACGUGGCAUGCUCCUUGGAAAUUGGCUACAGUACUGUCAUCGCAUUUGGGUUGGGUCCGUUCGAUCGCCUUUGAUCCGUCCAACAAACUCUUUGCCACGGGCAGUGGAGACCGCACCAUCAAAAUUUGGAAUUUCCCCAAGGCAUCUGUCGGAGCCGACGAUGCUCUGCAAUUGACAUUGACAGGACACAUUUCUCCCGUCCGUGGCUUGGCAUUCUCGCCGCGACAUCCGUAUCUCUUUAGUUGUGCCGAAGACAAGCAAGUCAAAUGCUGGGAUCUCGAAACCAACCAAGUCAUUCGACACUAUCACGGACACUUGAGUGGCGUAUUUUGUCUCUCACUCCAUCCCACACUCGAUAUUCUCGUCACGGGAGGACGCGAUGCCGUCGCCCGUGUCUGGGAUAUGCGCACCAAACAUCAAAUUCAUUGUUUGACCGGACACGAUCAUACCGUUGCCUGUCUCCUCACCAAGGCGACCGAUCCACAAAUCAUUACCGGAUCGCACGAUUGUACCAUUAAACUGUGGGAUUUAAUUGCCGGAAAAUGUCAAACCACACUCACGCAUCAUCAAAAAUCCAUUCGCGCCGUGGCGGCACCGUCCUUUGAAAAUACAUUUGCCAGUGGCGCCGCCGAUUGUGUCAAACAGUGGCAAGCAAAAGACGGAAAAUUUCUCAAAAACUAUUCGCGGCACAAUGAAAAAAUUGUCGAUUCCAUGGCCGUCAAUGACGAUGGGGUACUGGUCACCGGAGGCGACGAUGGAUCGAUGCAAUUUUGGGACUACACGAGUGGAUAUCAAUUCCAAACAGGACAAUCCAAAGUGCAACCGGGAUCACUGGAAGCGGAGAAUGGAGUCAUGGCGGCCUGUUUUGAUGGGACCGGGACACGGCUCAUUACGGGAGAAGCCGACAAGACCAUCAAAAUUUGGAAGGAAGAUCCGGAUGCCAGUGAAUUGACGCAUCCCAUUGAUACCAAGGGGUGGCGCAAAACGUGCAUUGCACAAGCCAAACAAAGAUAUUGAAACUGCAACAAUUAAUCAAAAAGUCAAUCCACAAAAUAGUAAAAAUGCUUGUAUAGUUUGGGUGGUGGGAUGCUCUGGGUUGAUGGUAGUUUUCUUUGGGUGUUCAUGUCGAAACCGAUACCUCAGUCUUUGUUUAUUUUAGUUGAGUUAACGUUUGUAAAAUGAAUGCUGAGAUUUAUGCAACUACAU